UCUCAAAAUAUCCUACGGGCGUGGAUUCUUCUGCUCCUGUUUUCUUGCUUUUUUUCAAAACAUACCUUUCCUCUUCUUCUUCUUCUUCUUCUUCAUUUUUUUUUUUUUGAUUUGGCAAAGAUCUCAGAAAUAAUUCCCGAAUUUUCAAUUUGAUCAACCUCUUUUACUUCUCUUCUUUCUUCUUCCUUCUUCAUCAAAAUCUAUCAUAUUAUUAUCUCAAACAUCUCCAAAUCAUUAAUCUAAAUAAUACGAAGAAGGAAGAGAUUAUAAAGAGCAUCAAUUUCUUAAUUAUUAUUAUUGGGGUUUCAAUUUGCAUUCGAUUAUCUUUUUCUUCCCAUCAUUUAUACUUUUUUUAUUUAGUUUUACAAAACCNAAAAAAAAAAAAAAAAAAAAAAAAAAAAAAAAACAAAUCUGCAAUUUAGGGAGGGUUUUAUAAUUCUUAGUCCCAUCCAAAACAACAACAAGAACAAGAAAAGAGAGAUAUUGAUGGCGGAGGAGAGAUCGGCGAAGAGUAAGGUGAAGUUCAUGUGCAGUUUUGGCGGCAAAAUCCUCCCUAGACCAUGCGACGGCAUUCUCAAAUACGUCGGCGGCGAGACUCGCGUCAUUGCUGUCUCUCCUGACAUCUCCUUCUCCGAACUCAUGAAGAGACUCACGGCAAUCACAGAGAACGAUGUAGUCCUCAAAUACCAGAUCAUUCCCGAAGAUCUUGAUGCAUUAGUCUCUGUAAAAUCUGAUGAAGAUGUCAAACACAUGAUAGAGGAAUAUAACCGUCACGAAACCCCUAAACUCAGAACCUUCUUGUUUCCUGCAAACCCGAUUGUUCUCGAGAAUCAUCAGUUAGGCACCAUCGAGCCACAGACCAUUGAGCAACGUUACAUUGAAGCCAUCAACGGUAUCCUUCGCACACCCAAGAGUGUUUCUGCUCCUCGUGCUCCCAUCAAAACGCGGCCUUCCUUCACCGUCUCUACUUGCUCCUCUCCCAGAUCAGAAUCAUCACCUGAUGGAUACAGUCACGAGCAGCCUGAUACGAGUUUUCAGAACAACAGCUACCAGUUGAGCAGGCUUUACCCAAUGCAUAGAGUACAUAGCAGUCCAAACAUCUCACAGCAGAUUCAGACACAAAACCACCACCACAAUGCAUACCUGCAGCCUCUUAACAGGCAGCGACCACCAGCACCUUUAGACUUUCCCAGAGGCACAGGCUGGGGGGACUCACCGGGUCACGGUUUUAACCAAUUAUACACAACCGCACAUAACUCAGGUGGUGGUAAUGGUAGGUGUGGAUGCAAUGAAGAGCGCAGGUACUGGGGCAGAGCAAGCAGCGUUCCUCAGAGUCCUAAGAACCACGGACUCCGCCUCUGAUGUGUGCAGAGCUGCAUAACACCGCAAUCGUCUGUGUAUAUAUAUUAUUUGGUCUUGUGUUUGUUGUACAAUUUAACUAUGUAGGUAUCUUAACUUGCGCCUGCUUGAUAAGGAACGUCUAAACUACUCUGUGAAAGGCUGAGAGAGAUUUGAUUUAUUUUGUACAUGUUUUGUAACAACACUGCUUCUAUGGACAAUUUGUGCUCCACAAUAUUGCUUCAAUUAUGUGUUUAAAAGGCAAAAUUUGACUCUUACCAUUCAUUUGCUGCCCACAAAUCAAAUUAUCCUUCCU